AUGUCGUCUUCUUCUCCUCACUCCAGCUCCGGCUCAUCCUCACACGCCGACAGCCUCCAACAGCUCGAAAACAACAUCAUCAAAGAGCAGGAAGAUACUGUCUCACAUCCCAAAGACAUCCUCUCGCAACCCGAAGACGCUCUCCCACUACACGAAACCACUCUCUCACACCUCGCAGACAUCCUCUCGCAGCCUAAAGACUCCACUAUGACAAGCAGCGACCGUUCCAAACAUCGCAAUGUUCAUAUCUUCAACGCGAACGAUCGAAACACUACAAUUAGCGGUCUAAUUUUUACGGAGAAGAACAAUGAUACAAAUUGUGUUACAAAUGCCAACUUCUAUGCUAUGCUCCAGCAGACGCCGAACUACGUCCAGACUGCCAACGUGUUCGAGGACAUGAACCCAGUCCCGCGAGCCCCGUUACGUGCAGCCCAACCACCUGUAUUGUGUUUAAGCACUGGCAACACGGACAACACAAUCAACCCAUUUACUCUCGCGAAGAGGUCAAUCUUACCCUCGAAGCCAAUGUUCGAGGCUGUGGAGGAGACUGCUUCUAUCAAUUCGACAACACAAGUGACCAACACUACACCAUCCAUCACCUUCCUUGCCCCAGAUCAAAUUGAGGAUGAUGAGGAUGACGAGCCCCGAUUAGAGUAG